CCGGAGGGAGAGCGCGUACGGCCCCGCCGGAGGCAGCGAGUCCCUGCGCGGGCUGCGGCACGGGCUUGAGGCGGCGCAGUCUGGGACGGUCAGAAAUUUCAGGCACUAUCAAGAAAUGAAGGUUAGGACUUCACGGGAUGGACUGAGAAAUCUUUUCCAAGGUCUCAUCUGCAGUAUGAGGUACUACUCUAAGGAAAACCAUGUUCAGACAUUAUGUCUUCAUAGUAAAAUAAAACAAAAAAAGCGCCACGUCCUGGACUGUUCAGGAAGUACCUGCACGCACAGGACUCUGCCACCUGGAAGCAUCCUGCCAUGGAGAUUCUUUUCCUGCAAGCAGGAAGGAACAAAAAUCCCUUCAGAAAAGAAGGAAAAUAGAUCCAUAAUAACAUCAGAGUUUUUGAACAAGAAUCUUCUGAAAUCAGAGCAGGAAAGGUGGAAUGAUAUUUCAGCAAGGUACAAAGCUAUGACCAAAAGAAUCAAGGAAAAAUUAGAAGAAUUGCACAACAAGUACACAUUCUGUUUAGGAACCCCAAAGAUCAGGUUUGGAGAGAAUGUGUACUUCGAAGAGAAUGGCUGUGUGUUUCUUUCAAAAGCAGAUGCUGACAUUUUAUUUAGCACUGAAGAUCUCGGUUUGUCUGAUGCCUUUAUUCAACGGAUCAGAAUUUCACCAGAUCAGAGAUACAUGGCCAUCAAUUUAAAAAGUGGAAAUUCUGAAAAGGCAACCUGCGUUGUUAUGAAACUUGGUGAUUUUUCUGUCGUGGAAAGAGUAAUUCCCAAAUAUUUUAUAUAUGUUGUCUUUUUUCCAGAAUGGGCUGCAAAUGAUGUUCUGAAUUACACAAGUCAGAAGAACCUUAAAUGCCAGAAUGUGUUUAUGACCACUUUCACUAAUCAGAAACAUACUAAGUUAGUUUAUACAGAACAAGAUGCAAGAUUCUUUGUGGACAUAUGUUGCACAAAAGACAGGCGUUUUCUUACUAUCAACAGCAACAGCAAGACAACCUCAGAAGUUUGGCUGGUUGACUGUAGACACCCUUUUAAGUUACCUACCCUUGUACAAGCACGAACAAAAGGGGUCAUUUACCACAUUGAGCACAGAAAUGAUGAGUUAUAUAUUCUUACUACAUAUGGAGAACCUGCAGAAUAUAAGUUGAUGAAGGCACCAGUAGCUUCCAGUGGCAUGGAGAACUGGCAGCUGGUUUAUGCACUGGAAGAUAAAACCAAGCUGGUAGACUUGGAGAUGUUCAGUGAUCACUGUAUUAUGUUUCUGAAGAAUGCUGGUCAUCUUUACUUAAAUGUGCUCUCUUUGGUUUCACAUUCAGUUCAGUCAGUAAAGCUACCUACGUGGGCCUGUGAAUUUGAAUUGGAAUCUCAUCCUGAACAUACCACCAGCACUUGCUAUUUUCAGCUCACCUCCCCAGUACACCCCCCUAAGUGUUUUGCAUAUUCAUUUAAAGAAAAUAAUCUCAUUGAACAAGCUGUGCAAGAGGUACCAAUUAUUACGAAUUGUCACACUACACGUUUACUAGCUAAAAGCAAGGAUGAAGCUUUAGCAAUUACAGUUUUCAUAAUAUGAAUUUCUAAAGAGCUACACAGGAAACCACUUCUGGUUCAUGUAUAUGGAGCGUAUGGCAUAGAUUUGAACAUGAGCUUUAAAGAAGAGAAGCUGAUGUUAAUUGAAGAGGGUUGGAUAUUAGCAUAUUGCCAUGUUAGGGGUGGAGGAGAGCUAGGCCUUCGCUGGCACAAAGAUGGAUGUCAGCACAAUAAACUCAAAGGUCUCCAUGACCUUAAGGCUUGCAUCAUGCUGCUGCACAAACUAGGAUUUUCUCAGCCCAAACACACAGCGCUGGCAGCUGCCAGUGCAGGAGGAGUUCUUGCAGGAGCCCUGUGCAACACUGAUCCAGAACUCAUCAGAGCCGUGGUUUUACAGGCUCCUUUUGUAGAUGUUCUAAAUACAAUGAUGAAAACUCAUCUCCCACUGACAAUUGAAGAACAGGAAGAAUGGGGAAAUCCAUUAGCAGAUGAAAAAUGUAUGAAGUAUAUAAAAAGCUAUUGUCCAUACCAGAAUAUUAAGACACAGUGCUAUCCUUCAGUUUUUAUCACAGCGUAUGAGAACGACCAACGGGUGCCACUAAUGGGAAUCCUACGCUACGUUCAGAAACUGAGGAAGGCUGCAGUAGAUCAUGCCAGCACAACAAGUAAGAAAAGAAAUUGGAUCCCUAAUAUCAUCUUAGACAUCCAGGCAACUGGCAGUCAUUGUGAUUCAUCUUGGGAGGAUUCAGUGGAUGAGGUUGCAAGACACCUUGCUUUUCUGAACGAAGAACUCGAAGUAUGCCACCUCCAACAUGAUGUCAAAUUGUGCAAGUAGCUCAUAAACACAUCAACCAUCUGAAGAACUUUGGGUCAGAUUUUUUUCUAUAUGAAAAGCAAACAGCUUCUCCAGAGAAUCUCUCUUCUUGGAUCUCUGCUCUAUAGGCACAAGCAGACAAGAGAUUCAAAGCUGGGUGUGGCAUUGGCUUAAUAAAUAUACAAAGAUCUGAAUUUCUCCCCUGCCAGACAGGACAGCAGUAGUCAGCUGCAUUCAUCUGUAUGCUCAGUGCAGUUCUGUUCACAUAAGCAAACUGUGCAGCACUGUGCAACUGGAACUGAAACACAACACUUGGUGCUUAAAGCCUGACAGGAACUGCACUCUGUACAAGCAGCCUUGCCAGUCUAAGACCUCUCUUCCAAGGCCAAAUUUUACACCAGGCUGUAAAACUCACAAAAGAUACCCGACUUAAAAAGCUCACUAUGAUCUACUAAAACUAAACCUCCAUAUGUAGGUGAUGAUGAUUAUUGCCCUUCCUAGAUACACAGCACCCACAUUGUACUGAUCAUAUGGUGGGACUGAACAAGCUGCAAAGAAGAAACAGUCUCUCAGGAACAGGGAUUUUAGUGAAAUUGUUUCAUCUGAGUGCUUUCAAAGUCUUGUAGUUCCCUUAACUAGCAUGGUAAUUUUAAACAGGAGGUGCCCAAAUCCAUCUGGAAGAAAAAUGUCCAGGAGAUUAGCUAGAGUCUCCAGAGAAAAAUCAUGUACCCACAAAAGCAGCCUGGUUCAUAGCUUAGCUGACCUCUGAGCAAAGCACAAAACUGCUACAGAUUGCUCAUUAACAUAGAUGCACAGUGCACACAUAGGGCCAGAAACUGGUACAGGCAGUUGGUGGAAAAUACAGUAUGUAGCCAUAAGAUCCUCAAACCAAACCCCAUGAGAUCCUCAAACCAAAAACUCCAUGUCCAGAACAGACUGCAGCAAGUAAAAUUGCCUUACCUUUCCUUUCUGUUAAUGUGAGGCACUGGGGGUCCUCCAAAUGCAAACCAAAACACACGAACAAGAGCAAGUGUGACAUUCAGAAGCUGUUUUGGUGCUUAUGCUGCACUGAGGUUUGCACACCUCACCUCAGUGUUAGGGCAGGAAAAGAAAUAAGAGAAUGCAAAUGUAUUCUAACUU